GUCUUCGGUCUGCGCUGCCCGAUGUCAACAGCGACCACAGGAGCAACGUGUAUAUAUAUAUAUAUAUGCAUUUACAUACCACUUUAAUACCAACACAGAAAGUACCGUAACUUCCGAUCGCUCUGGUGUCAACAUAGGAGGCUACGUGUCGCCUUGGCCAUUAGAGCUACGGACCAGUCGUCCACCUGCUGCGGAGCAAAGUUCGGACAGACUGACUCACUGCUGUUCAGAACAUUUGAACAGAUACUUUGUUGAUUGUUGCAGUGCAAUAAAAGUGUUUUGGACUGAAACGAAGAGAAAAACCUUUGUCAACAGUGUGCGGUCCGUAGAAGAGAGACAGCGGUGACUGAGCUUGUUCAGCGUUGCGCAGGUAAGCCUCUCUUCUUCUCCGGCUGAUGUCUUAGAUCAUGAGUAUCCUGGGACCUCCGAUAAGGCAGGCCAAUGGGGUGGCCAGAUCUGACAGCAAGAUUAGCGCCAAGGCUCUAUAUGAGCAACGUAAGAAAUACUCCAACUCCAAUGUCAUCAUGCAGGAGACGUCUCAGUACCACGUGGAGCACCUGUCCACCUUCAUGAUGGACAAGACAGAGUCCAUUGCCACAGUGGACGAUGCCAUUAAGAAGCUGGUGCUGCUGGACUCCAAAGAGAAGAUCUGGACCCAGGAGAUGCUGCUUCAGGUCAGGGACAAGGCUGUACGGCUACUGGAUGUUGAUACACAGGAAGAGUUGGAGAACUUUCCCCUGCCUACUAUCCACCACUGCCAGACAGUGUUGAAUCAGACCAGGUAUCCAUCCGUCCUUCUGCUGGUGUGUCAAGACACUGAACAGCACAGACCCGACAUUCACUUCUUCCACUGCGACGAGGUGGAGGCAGAGAUGGUCCAUGCAGACAUCGACAGCGCUCUGGGGGACAGCAAACAUGGGAAGAAGAUACGACCACAGACCUUGAAGGUGAACCAGGAGAAGAUGAAGCACCACAGAGAAUCCAUCAUCCCCCCCUCUUCCGCCCCCAAGGGCUCGGCCCCCUCAGGCAAGGGCCGUGUGGCUGCCAUGAACAUGCAGGAUGUGGAGAGGCGAGGUUCGGCCCAGCAGGACCCAGAGUCCCAUGAGAAGAUGGCCCAGCGCAUUGAGAAGGACGUACAAAUCCUGAACUGUUCCCUGGAUGACAUAGAGUUCUUUGUGGCUCGGCUGCAGAAGGCUGCGGAGGCGUUCUCUCAACUCAACCAGCGCAACAAGAGUAAGAAGAUGAAGAAGAAAGGCCCAGCAGAGGGAAUGCUGACCCUGAGAGCUAGGCCCCCCUCUGAGGCAGAGUUCAUUGAUAGCCUACAGAAACUUAAGCUGGCUUUCAACCUACUGGCCAAACUGAAGAAACACAUCCAGAACCCCAGCGCUUCUGAACUGGUGCACUUCCUCUUCGGCCCCCUGGACCUGGUGCUCCAGUCCUGUGGUAGCGUAGAGCUGCCCCGCUCUGUGGUCUCCCCUCACUUAUCCAGAGAUGCAGUAGACUUCCUGAGGGGUCAUCUGUUACCUAAAGAAAUUACCAUCUUUGAACUGCUGGGAGAUGGGUGGACAAGACCUAGAGCGGACUGGCCACGGGACCAGUGUGCCUCUACCUACUUCCCUAAGUUCAGGAACGGGUGGGAGCCCCCAGCUGACCUGUUCAGGACCUCCCCAUGGGAGACAGAGGGAUUAGGGGAACCUCCCAUGUCCUUCAUGUCCCACCCCAUGUCCCCACACAAGUCAGAAGAGUUUUUCGGAACCCAGUCUUCCAGCUCAUCAAAUGGGUCCUACAAUGGUCUGGCGUCCUCGUCCCGUAAAUAUGCUAAGAUCUGCUACCACUUUGUGGCCCGCAACGCCAACGAACUGUCAGUACUGCAGGACGAGGUGGUAGAGGUGAUAGAGGACGAUAAACAGUGGUGGAAAGUGAGGAACAGGAGCGGCCAAUCAGGAUAUGUCCCCUCCAACGUCCUGGAAGUGGUCACACUGGAGGAACCACACGGCAUGGCUGAACCCCUCUAUAGCCAGGCUGGCCAGCCCUACAGCCCAACCUCUCCCUCCAGCUCUCUAGGUAGAGGGGAGAGCUUUGACAUGAGCCGCUCCAAAGACUCUCGGACACAUCAGAUGGAUGAGGUGAAUGAUGAGUUGUUGAAGAGGAUCACCAGUAAUAAGUCCCAGCCUCCAGCCCGUAACUUCAGGGUGGAUCGCCCUUCAAGCAGCAGUUCCACGCUCCUCACUUUCAAUUCCAGCCCCCCGCAGGUCACCGCCUGGCUCAACUCCAAGGGAUUCUCUAAACCGACGGUGGAUUGUCUGGGGAUCCUGACGGGUGCUCAGCUCUUCUCUCUGAACAAGGAGGAACUGAAGGCAGUGUGUGGAGAUGAGGGAGCCAGGGUCUACAGCCAGACCACCGUGCAGAAAGCCCAGCUAGAGAAGAGCAGUGGGGAUUCAGAGCUCCAAGAGAUUAUGAGACGACGACAAGAGAAGAUCGAUGCCGGCAAGGACUGAUCUGGACAUGCUCACUGACUUUCAACCAAUCACAGGCCAGCCUGACUGACUUUCAACCAAUCACAGGCCAGCCUGACUGACUUUCAACCAAUCACAGGCCAGCCUGACUGACUGUCAACCAAUCACAGCCUAGCAUGGCUGGGUACCAUAACAACCCUCUCCAGUACUAACCAACCAAAAGCCUUCCCCCUCCCAAAGCGCCUACCCUUUCACGAACCAACUGUUUUUUUUUUUGUCAGACAAUUGACAUUUAAUAUUGGUAUGUACUAUAAAUGUUGUUAUAUACAUUUUAUUUUAUUGUAUAUUUAUUUUUUAUUGUUUUGUGAAUGUGAAUGUUUACUUCAAUGAUGUUCUCUGGUAAUUAUGACUGCUUCUCUGUCUGACACUAACCACGUUUCCAUCCAAACAUUUCAUGCGGAUGAAUUACCUGACACAUGAAAGAAGUUACGACUGGGCUUAUGGAAACAUUAAAUACUGGUACAUUUGUAGAAAUGCCGACAGACAAUAUGUUCGUUCGACAUGGCGGGAUCUUUUUUGUGUCGGUAAAAUUAAUUAUGCAAGAAAUGGUGGUGGAAAUGCCUUUAUACUUAAAUAUUGAUAUAAUAACCAUCAUAUUGACGUCAACUUGGAGUCAGGCGAUGAUAUGUUGUGUGGUCCUCCCCACGACGACUCGGGAAACCACGCAGUUUAUUAGGCUACAGAUGAAAUAAAUGAUGCUGAACUUCACCGGUUGGUGAUGAGCUUGAUGCGCCUUUCCAAUCCAUAUCGAGGGUCUUAUUCCAGUGACAUGUUGAUAGAUACUUGGCUGCCGUUUGACAAAAUGAAAAAAAUUAUAUCGCUUUUAUCCAUAAAUCAUCUCAGAAUGCACUGCAUUUGCGAACUGUUGGCUAGAGACCAGAGUGGACACAUUCGCUAUAUAUAACACAUCUUUUCUUUUUGUGAUAAAACCAUCAAGAGUUGAAAACGCGAUGGAAACCCAAUUAACUUGGGAAUUUAACAGAAACAGUAUGUUUUAUGUGCACUACACCACGCAGUCUUUUAUCCGCAAAAAUUAAGUUUGAUGGAAAAACAUCUCUGGUGUGAAUAAAAUGUUAAUAUUGUUUUAGGGCAAAUGUUAGAAUAUUUUCAUAUAAAUAUUCUAUGUCGCUAAUUGGAUGAAAAACCUGGCCACUGUCUCUUAACUUUGUAUCGUGGUGAGGAACCAUAUUAAUACCUGGCCACUGUCUCUUAAUGUUGUAUCGUGGUGAGGAACCAUAUUAAUACCUGGCCACUGUCUCUUAAUGUUGUAUCGUGAUGAGGGACCAUAUUAAUACCUGGCCACUGUCUCUUAAUGUUGUAUCGUGAUGAGGAACCAUAUUAAUACCUGGCCACUGUCUCUUAAUGUUGUAUCGUGAUGAGGAACCAUAUUAAUACCUGGCCACUGUCUCUUAACUUUGUAUCGUGAUGAGGAACCAUAUUAAUACCUGGCCACUGUCUCUUAAUGUUGUAUCGUGAUGAGGAACCAUAUUAAUACCUGGCCACUGUCUCUUAACUUUGUAUCGUGAUGAGGAACCAUAUUAAUACCUGGCCACUGUCUCUUAAUGUUGUAUCGUGAUGAGGAACCAUAUUAAUACCUGGCCACUGUCUCUUAACUUUGUAUCGUGGUGAGGAACCAUAUUAAUACCUGGCCACUGUCUCUUAAUGUUGUAUCGUGGUGAGGAACCAUAUUCAUUUUGAGUAAGUGUUUUCUGGCUUUUAUGUCUCCCAUGUUUUAUCUCCAGGGAUUUAUGGAAGACAUUUUUAUUUUAUUUUUUAAAAAUCAAAUCCAUAAAGGUUCUCAAUGUAUAUUGUCAAAUUGGAUGUUAAUGUUAACAUAAGGGAUGAUUCUAACCUACAGUAGUAGUACAAUGCUAUACCUUAUAAUAAGUAGUGCUGUAUGUACGUUUUUGAGUUUUCUGAAUUUUAUUCUCAUAUCCAGUCACACAUAAUUGCAGCUGUUCAACUAAAUACACUUCUGUAAUUCAGCGUACAUAUUCUAUAUUACUAAAUGUGACACUCUAAUUCAGCUUACAUAUUCUAUAUUACUAAAUGUGAUACUCUAAUUCAGUUUACAUAUUCUAUAUUACUAAAUGUGAUACUCUAAUUCAGCUUACAUAUUCUAUAUUACUAAAUGUGAUACUCUAAUUCAGCUUACAUAAUCUAUAUUACUAAAUGUGAUACUCUAAUUCAGCUUACAUAUUCUAUAUUACUAAAUGUGAUACUCUAAUUGAGUUUACAUAUUCUAUAUUAUUAAAUGCAAUAUCUGUAAUUCAGUUUACAUAUUCUAUAUUACUAAAUGUGACACUAAUUCAGCUUACAUAUUCUAUAUUACUAAAUGUGACACUCUAAUUCAGUUUACAUAUUCUAUAUUACUAAAUGUGACACUCUAAUUCAGCUUACAUAUUCUAUAUUACUAAAUGCGGUACUGUAAUUCAGCUACAUAUUCUAUAUUACUAAAUGCAGUACUGUAAUUCAGCUACAUAUUCUAUAUUACUAAAUGCGGUACUGUAAUUCAGCUACAUAUUCUAUAUUACUAAAUGCGGUACUGUAAUUCAGCUACAUAUCCACGGUCUAUAUGAAGUACGCUUUACAUACAUACGAUAUUAAUCCAAUCCAAUAUUUCUGUUCUGUGUUCAUGUGUUUUCCUCCAAUAAUAAACCCAAGGUUGAAAUUCAGACUGAUCUUUGUGGACAGUGCUCUGCUCCAUGAAUCACGGAGAACUGUACGGGUCAUCACACACCCAGAGUCAUCUGUAGUGGCGGAGAGUAGAUAACUUGUGUUUUUUUUUAAAUAUUUUAAAUGUUCAGCCCAUUGUCUUUUUUUUAAAGGAUAUGAUUGGAUGUAGUUGUGUAAAUACAGCUAAUUUGUGGUAUAGAAUUGGGAGAGAGAAAGUCUUAAUAAAAACAUUAAAACACA